AUGCCCAUCUUCCUCCUCAGCUUAGAGGGCAGAUUGAACAGCCUUGCCAGCACACCGUCCCACAAGCACCGGUGUGAAGCUGCAGAGCAGAAGCAGAAGGUACCACUAGGAACUCUGAAAAAAGACUUGAAGUCACACGAGGAAAAGCAGAAGCACCUGACAGAGAAAAUCCGCCAGCAGCAGGAAAAGCUGGAAGCUCUGCAGAAAAUGGUUCCAAUUCGAUCUCAAGUUGACUUAAAAAAACUGCCUCUGGAAGUGACCACACGGCCUGCUGGGGAGAACACCCAGUCACAGACCCGACCUCAGCGCCCACGAUCCCCUCCUUUACCUGAUGUAAUCAAGAAUGCUCCCAGCAGACCACCACCACCUACACCUCUUCCCAAGUCUAUGAGUCAGCUGAAAAAGAGCUCUUCGGUUUGGCCAAAUAUCAGUACUCCCAAACUAGCAAGCAUGCUUUCUAAGGAAGAGGCCAGCACUUCCAGGACACACCAGCACACUGUGACAGCUGAAAAGUCUAACAGCACUUUAAAAACUCUUGCCAAAUCAGGUACAACAAUGAAACCACCCUCUGCUGUCCUGCAGAACCCCAAAAGCUCAUGUGAGACACCCAGUCCAAAAGCUGCCAAGGUACCAGCACUAAAGAAAUCUGCCACUGUCAAAUGCCCGCAGGCCUCCACUGCUCGGAAGAGGACCUUGAACACCACAGAGGACGGGUCUGAGGAGGAGAAGGAGCUCAAGAAGCAGAAGACAAAACGAGGCAAAUUUGUGGCAGUGAAAGAAGAGAAGAAUGAUUCCAGUGAGGUGGUGGUAGAGCUCACAGACAGCGCUGGGGAAGAAGAGCUGGCAGAACUGAAGAAAGCUCAGAAAGAUAAAGGGCUGCAUGUGGAGGUGCGUGUGAACAGGGAGUGGUUCACAGGCCGUGUCACAGCUGUGGAAAUGGGCAAGCAUGCAGUACGCUGGAAGGUGAAGUUUGAUUAUGUUCCUACAGACACUACACCAAGGGAUCGCUGGGUAGAGAAGGGCAGUGAGGAUGUGAGGUUGAUGAAGCCUCCCUCUCCUGAGUACCAGGCUCCAGAUACGCAGCAGGAAGAGGAGGUUAUUGUGGCUGAACCUUCUACCUCAGACUGUGUCAGAAUUGAGCCAGACACCACUGGUCCCAGCAGCAGCCAAGAAACAGUAGACUUACUAGCCCAGACCCUUCGAAAUUGUUUGCGGUACUUCUUGCCUCCAAAUUUUCCUAUCUCCAAGACGGAGCUGAGUUCCAUGAGCUCUGAAGGGUUGUUGGCAUUCCCCUUGAAAGAGUAUUUCAAACAGUAUGAAGUAGGUCUGCAGAACCUGUGCAAUUCAUAUCAGACACGUGCUGACGCCCGGGCCAAAGCCUGUGAAGAAAACCUUCGCUACUCAGAGAGAAAGCUGAAGGAAACUGAGGAGAAACUGCAGAAGCUGAGGACUAACAUUGUGUCCCUCCUACAGAAAGUGCAGGAGGAUAUUGAUAUUAAUACAGAUGAUGAACUGGAUGCAUAUAUCGAGGACUUGAUCACGAAAGGAGAUUGAGCAGCCCCAGUACAAGUCCUGCAGAAGUGCAGAGGAGCCGAUUGCUGCGAUGACAGAUGUGUGUUCCUGCAGUGGAGGACUAUGGCAGCUGAUGAGGAGAGAGGGGUUUUAGGCAGUACUUAUGUGGUGUUGGUGUACAACUCUGUUCUUGUGACU